UUUGUCUGUGUUUAGGCAGAAAAUCACAAAAAAUCACACGAGUCCUCCUCCAACAUGCCCGCCACACGAGUCGCUCCUCCAACAUGCCCGCCACACGAGUCGCUCCUCCAACAUGCCCGCCACACGAGUCGUCCUCCAACAUGCUCACCAAACGAGUCCUCCAAAUCUUCUGAUGAAUGCAGCGGCGCUAUGACUGGGACGCUGACAGUUAUGCAGUGGAAGCAGGUGAGCUUCCCGGAAAGGUGAAGAAGGGGAGGACGAAAACGAAGUUUGGAAGCAGGAAAGCUUUCAGUUUAGAGGAAAACCAGCUUGAGCUUCAACAACAGGGCAAGAGCCUGAGCCGGCAGGUCCUGCCCAGGUCUCAUACUCUUGAUGUCAGCAGACCUUUGGAAAGAAGUGAGAGCUUCAACUCUAGAAGCAGUUUUAUGAAGCACAACAAAACAUUCCACAAACUCUUCCCAGAAGUCCUAGAAAGUGAGGACUUACUACAUGCCUACAUCUGUGCCCUGCAAAAGGAGGUGCCUUAUCACGGUCGUCUAUACAUCACCGACAGUAACAUCUGCUUCUAUUCCUCAGUGCUGCUAAAGGACACCAAGGUGAUUAUUCCUGUGUCCAAUGUAAAUAUUCUGAAGAAGCAGAACACUGCGCUGCUCGUGCCGAACGCCAUUUCUAUACGAACCACUGAAGGAGAAAAGUAUUUAUUUGUGUCCUUACGGAAUAGAGAAAGAUGCUACAAGCUACUACAAUCAGUUUGCCCUCACAUCAAGGAGGGAAGUGCCAGCAGCAGUCCCCUCUUCCCAUCGGCCGAGAACAGCUUCAAUCAAGGCAAAUUGGUGCAGAACUCCAGUCAGUCCAGUCUUGAUGACUCCUAUGAGGUGGCUGGAGGACGUGUCACUCCCCACUUGGAGCUUUUUGCAUCUAGACUAACAAAUGAAAGUAGUGCUAUCGAAACCCAUUCCACUACAGGGAGCGCUUUACUAGAGCAAGACGACUGCUCCAUCGAAGAAUACACGGGAAGUUCAUGGGUUUGGAAUGUGAUGGACAGGGCUCGAUCUCUCCUCAUCCAAAGAGAAGUUGGCAACCUCAACACACUUCUCCUUAUCUACCUGAUUCUGGUGCUUCUCCUCCUGUUGUCUUCUGGGUAUAUCGGUCUGCGAAUCGUGGCCUUAGAAGAACAGCUGACCUCACUAGGAGCCCUACCUGAAUUUACUCUACAAAGCAGGAGGUACAAAGAAACAUAGCACAACUCCACCGAAGAGAUUUCUUACAUCUAGUCUUGGAAAAGUUUGGCUAUUGUGAAAUCUACCAAAAACGAAUGACAUUAGAUCUCUUGUUCUUGAAGAUCCCCUAUCUGAGAAUGCUGGGAAGAAAUGUCAUUUGGAUAUUCACCUGCUCCCCAGUACUAAACCAUGACUGACUUUGUUUCAAUAUAAGAGACAAAGGCAUGUCUUCACUUGUGCAAAGAAGCCAAACAGUUCUGGUGUGGGAAAGAAUUUCACCUGUUUUUAUGUUUGAUAUUUGAUCUGAAUUUAAGAGUUUCAUUUCGACCAAGCUAGACACUACUGUUGUACGUGUUGGCGCUUUUACGACCAUCAAAUCACUGAGUGUAACAAAUCACCCCCCCACCCAAUUGACUAUUUGUUUGCUUCAUCAGUUCUUGUUCUGUGGUAGGCGCAUCUUUCGGACAUCCAAAUUGUCCUCUUGUGACGGUUGUUUUUCAUUCUUCCUCGAUUGAUUCUUUUGGGGUUGCGAUAUUGAACCAAGUUUGGCACGAUGUUACAAAAGAGCUACUUAACUACCAAUGUAUGUAUGUAUAUGUCUAUGCACAAGAAAUUGCUCAAAUCAGGUAUUUAAAGAGUUUUGUAACUUUGUUUGUUUUGUUUUCCCUGUCUUUUACACUUUUGCAAGAUUAAGUAGUCCGUAAUGCUAGUCUCUUCCUAAUCCAAACUGUUCAACACUUAAAAAUGAAGGAGAAAAAAGAUUGUAUUGUAUAAGAACAGACCUGUCAUCGGAUGCAUAUUGACUCAUUUUUACAGCUAAAACCGUUUAAACCAAAAGGAGCAUUUCCAUUCAGCACUUGUAAUGAGAUGAAUUCCGAUAUUUGAGUUCUUUUUAACGAAAAUGGCCCAAAAUAUGCAUGAUUUUGUGUGUACGUGUGUAUGUUGCAAUAUGUUUAAGGAGAUUGCUUGUAAAAGAGUGAGAAGUGUAGACACUUGUGUGAUUUGUAGUGAACUUUAAAGUAUAAAGACUGUCCAAAAGAGCUAGCGAUAUUGUAUAACGCGAAUGGCGAAGGCAGUCUGUCGAUGUCUAUUUGUUGUUGGGUAUUAGAUGGCUCCAAGACAUCUCGCUCAGGGCUGGGACUAACCUCCAGUUUGCAAUGCACUGUAUGUACACUUUGGCAUCUUGGUCCUUUAUUGGCAGACCUGAUCUGCUGGUUUUCUUUAUAUCCUUGAGCUAUUCAGAACGCAUAUUGUAAUGUUUGGAAUGAACGUGUAUGGACCUGCCAAGAGAAUCACACUGAACUACCAAGCAAUACCAUCAAUGUAUGUCAAAAUAAAUCUCUGGACUUCAAAUUGUAUAAUGCAGUUGCUCUACAAAACAGAGAUUCAUGGUUUCUAUUGAUUUGUGAAGUGGAUUCAAAGGAGGAUUGAUUUGCACAUCCAUUAUGCCGGAGCAUUGCUUUUCAACUCAACGCUGGGACAACGCAGCCUCAAGGUCUUAUAACCACAAUGCAAGGAUCCCAACAUUUUAUAAAUUGAUUAUAUUGCACUAUUGAAGUGUUAUAGUUAUUGUUUUGUAUAAAUUUGUCAGAAAAAUAAUCAUUUUGUCUAUUUAUUGCAUAUUGUCUAUUUCAAAGUGGUCUCUGUGAGACUGGCUUUGGCAUUGUUUGAAUAAAUCAAGUGCU